ACCACAUCCUCUCCCUUAAUCCUCCCCCGCCCGCAGAUACCCCAGUCAUGCUCUCGUUGUUGCGCUCGCGCUCCUCUGCCGCGAAGCAGAACGAGGCAGCAGCGAAGCCUCCCGCUGACAAGCAAGAGGCGACCAGCACGCCUACCACCCCGCAAGUUGACACUGCGCAGUCACUGGAUGCCGCCACCAGCCCCGCGCCUCCUACAGACAGCACAACCGCCCUAGCCCCUCCAUCAGACGGCGCGUCCUCCUCUGCCCCUGGAUCUACCGCAGGCAGCGCUGGUCAUCAACCGCCUGCGGCCGCGAAGUCUCCUCCGCGCGCAGCGAGACGGCUCUCAUGGCGGCCCUUCGCUAAAACGUCUGGCAGCAAUGGGGAUGCUCGUCCCGCUACCCAGCAGAAUGAGAAAACCAAAGUCGACAAGCCUGCAGCCCCCGCAGCCCGUCCCCUCGUGCGCACGCGCUCGGAGAAGCAAGCGCAGGAGUCCGCGCUGCUCGUGCGCGAGCUCAUCGUCGGUCCGUCGUCAAAGGCACCCACCAAGGCCAAGUCGAAAGCACACUCCAGCGCCGAGAUCGAGAAGGUCAAGGCCCAACUGGCGCGACCCAAGACCGCGAGCAAGGUAAUUGCGCAGCUCCGGCAGCUGUCGUCGUCAGACGAGCCGGUGGUCGUGGGCAAGGGCCUGAACGGGGAAACGCUGACCGCUCUCCCCAAGGGUCCCAUCCACGCCGUCUGCCUCCCGUGCACAGACGCGGAGGCGCACGACCGCCACUUCUCCCGGCUCACGGCGGACAAGACGACAGCUUCCGAGGGUGCGCAAGGUACUGAGGAUGGGAAGACGACUACAACUACGCGCUCUGUCUCGGUCCAUGUCCAUGCUACUUCAUCAGAGGCCGAGGUCUGCAGCGUAGCAAAUGCGUCCAUCACCACUCUCAACACAGUCUUCUCGGAGGUCAACCUCGUCAGUCUCAUCACUACGCCGGACUUGGGUCUCGGCGGGCCGCCAGAUGGACCGGGAAUCCUUAGUGGUGCAUUACCGUCAGCGCAGACUAUCAUCAAAGGUGUCGAGCAGAUCACGCCCCAGCUUAUGGCGUUGGGGUAUGCGACUGGCAAGUCGGUGUUACCCGACCAUGCUGGCAUCUAUCCACCGACCGAUAGGAUGUCAGUUAUCACUUACUGGUGGGGCUUCGAGGUGGCCAUGCCUCCGCCGUCCUUGCAUUACCUCGACAAUGUGCCGUCCGUAGCGCACGCCGUUGUCAACUUCCUGACUGCGCUGUCUGUGGCAGAGGGCGGCGUACGCGAGAUCAUGCCCUUUGUGCGAUACAUCUCGCAGUUCAUCGACACCGAGUUUAACAUGAUCAAGCGGGAGAACGAAGGGAAGGGAGUAGUCUGCGCUGCAACGUGGAUCAUGCCUGUAGCCCUCGUACCUCGUCCAUGGGACUUUCCACAACCUCCUCCCAAGUCUGUAGAUUCAGCGAGUGAGCCUCCUACGGGCGGCGCGGAUGCUGCCGAUGCGCCUGCAGUUGCACCGGAGCUCGGGCCGACGUCUGUGCCUAUCAUGGUCACACCGAACGGCGCGUCCUCUACGGCGAAUCCGCCUGAGGCCGCCCAGAACCUCCCUGAGGUCAAGGUUACCCCGCCCACGCCUCCUGCGUCGCAGACGCUGAAGAGCAGCACCGAAACGGAGCACCCCGCCGUCGCUCUCGCUGCUGCUCCUGUCGUAGAGGCUGCAGCGUCGUAAGCCUUGCAAAUUGGGCGUACAGAGACUUUUCUUCGUCAUUACUGUACGUCACUGGGACACUUUCGGGCACUCGGGCACUCUGGAUCCUCCCACGUUUCCUAUGCCAUUCAUAUGCGGAUACCCUCCACUCUCGAUCAUUGAUAACUUCCAGUCGCUUGAUACGUUAGAUCGUACGUCCGUUACAUUUGUUCAUUUCUCGUCUCGCACGUAUCUCAUUCCCCUCCCGUAACGACCCAUCAUGACGUUCGUUCACUAUCAUCCCUUCCGUAGCCAGUGAUACCCACAUUUUGUACGAGUACAGUACAAUGGCGAUAGAUGUCAUCUCAUUGCAUACACUGUCU